AGGCGGCGAAGGGGCAGGAGGCCGACCUCCGUCUUCCCUGGUCCCUCCCAGCGUGGCGCCUCGUUGUUGACUCAGCGUCGGUUACCGCGUCUCCGCGGAUCAUGUUCGGGCAUGUUAGGCCGAAGUUAAUGGAGGAGUUACGUCCAGACUUGCCCGUGCACGGGCGACGCUAUUUAUACUCGAUCCUGGCUUAAGCGCGGCAGAUCGUUUUCGGUUCGCUGUGUCCAGAACUACGGCUAUCUUGGGGCAAAUGUGCAAUACCAAAAUGGCUUCUGUUACUGACCAGCCGGCUGCGGGCACUUCUGGCAUCAGCCGUACAGAUCAAGAAGCGUUGGUUAAACCUAAGCCAUUGCUGUUAAAACUUUUAAAGUUUGUCGGUGCACAAAAAGAUACUUUUACCAUGAAGGAGAUACUCUUCUAUAUUGGGCAGUAUAUUAUGUCUAAACAUCUGUAUGAUGAAAAGCAGCAGCAUAUUGUCCACUGUGCAAAUGAUCUUCUGGGUGAUCUUUUUGGAGUGCAGAGCUUUUCAGUAAAAGAACACAGGCAGUUAUAUUUGAUGAUUUCCAAAAACCUGAUCACAGUCAGUCAGCAAGACUCUAAUAAUGUUAACACAUCUGUGAAUCAGUCCAGAUGCCAACUAGACAAUGGAAAUUCUCUAAAGGAAUUGGUGCAAGAAUCAAAUGGAGCAAAUUCUAGGAGGAGAGCACACAGCGAAACCGAAGGUGCUUCAGAAGACAUGAAUGAUGAAAGACAGAGAAAACGGCACAAAUCAGAUAGCAUUUCUCUUACAUUUGAUGAAAGUCUUUCAUGGUGUGUAGUAAGCGGUUUAUAUAGCGAUCGAAGCAACAGCAGCACUUCUGCAGAUUCUCCAUCAAGUCCAGAUCAUAAUGCCAGUUCAUUAAGUGAAAAUUCAGACUGGUUAGAUGAUGAUUCAGUUUCGGAUCAAUUCAGUGUUGAGUUUGAAGUUGAAUCUGUCUAUUCAGAAGACUAUGGCCCUAAUGAAGAAGGACUAGAGCUUACAGAUGAGGAUGAUGAGAUAUACCAAGUCACUAUAUAUCAGACUGAAGACAGUGAUAUGGAUUCAUUUGAUGAUGAUCCUGAAAUUUCACUAGCUGAUUACUGGACAUGCUCAAACUGCAAUGAAAUGAAUCCGCCCCUUCCCCGCCAUUGCCCCAGAUGCUGGGCUCUUCGGGAGGACUGGCUACCUGAUAAGAAGACAGAGGAGUCAAAAAAGAACAUACUUGAAAACACCAAGCCACUAGAUCCUGAGGAAGGCUUUGAUGUUCCUGACUGUAAGAAAGGGAAAAUAAAUGAAGAUAAAUCAGUAGACACAGAACAAUGUUCUGAAUCUCAAGAAAGUGGGGUGUAUUCUCAGCCAUCCACAUCUGGCAGUAUGUUGUGCAGCAGCCUAGAAGAAUAUAGAGAAUCGGAGAAGGACGAGCCUGAAGACAAAGAAGAGAGCACAGAAUCCAAUGUACCCAUCUCCAGUGUUGAGCCCUGUGUUAUAUGCCAAACCCGGCCUAAAAAUGGUUGCAUAGUACAUGGAAGGACAGGACACCUCAUGUCAUGUUUCACAUGUGCAAAAAAACUAAAGAAGCGGAACAAGCCCUGUCCAGUCUGCAGACAACCAAUUGAGAUGAUCUUACUAACUUAUUUUUGCUAGCUACAGUGCAAGCAGAACUGUUCUAAGGAUUUCUAUAGACUGACACAAAUAAAAUACUUCAAAUGUUUGUUGAAAUGUGAUUUUCCCAAAAAAAAAAGAUCUUUUAAUGAAAACAUUGCACUAUAGUUGAUGGCUUAAUCAUAAUGUUUUCAAAAUCCUUUUUGGUUGUAUUUGUAUAGUUAACCCAGACAGCUAGGAAUAUCUGAAUAUAAUGACUUGAAAGGAGUGAGCUUAAUGUUUGUGGUGAGAUUUUAUAGCAAUUCUUAUUCCUGAGAUCAACUGAGUUAAAAAUUGAAAUGCAAAGCUGCUUGUAUUUAUGAGGGAUUCAGAAAUUAGAAUAGCAGCAUUUAAAAACAGCUGCAAUGGUAUCUUUUCCAUCACAUUUUAAGCUAGAGAUGACUAUGGCAUGCUCUUAAUGAAAGCUGCUCCAAUUCAAACGGCUGUGUAGCACACUGUGUGUGCAGUUACUCUCUUUAGCAACUAUAGAUAUUAUACUAAGGCACUUUUAUAGGAAGGAAAGAUCGGGGGCAGGUCAUGGGAUUUUGAGUGAUCCUCCUCCCCUUUCCUGAGCAUUUUUUCCACUCAUUGCAGUUCACUGGGGUGUUUGGCCAGCAUGAGCAUUUGAAAGUGAUGAGCAAACCAUGGAAGCUGAUGCUGAUGGCUUAACCAUGGUUAGGAGAAUUAAGAGGGGAAAGAUUAGGGGCUGAGCAGGGAGCAACUCAUGCUUUGUUUCCAAUCUCUUGGGAUGCCUAGCGUUAAAGUAGCACUGGCCCUUUGUUGGAAGCUCAUGCCUGAAACCUGGCAUUUAGAGGUGUUCUCAUAAUGAACUGUUCUCUGGAUGGUGGGGAAUAAGGCAUGGUGUGGAAAGUCCUUUGAUAUGCCUAAAGGAGUUAUUGAUGGAUACCCACCAUAUCUGCUAUUCUGUGUUGAAGUUAUACAUUGGAGUGAUUUGCUUGUCAAGUUUUGUCCUCAAAUAUGUGAAAAAUUGUUUUUAUUAGAAUGCAGUUUUUAAUGCAUAUUCUUGGUCCCAGUGUUAGUAAAAUUCAGCAUUCUACACUUGCCAGGAUAAUAAGGAAUGGCAAAAAAAAUGUUGUAAAUUUUUAUUUAACACAACCAGAAUGAGCAAUUCAUAAAUACUAGAUCCUAUACAGAUGCAAUACUGUACAAUAUUUAAUGUAUAAAUAGAAGAAUAAUUGCCACUUUUCACUAAAUUUAUGAGUUGAUGGUUCAUCUUCUCUGGCUCUAGUUCUCCCCUGGCCCCCUAUAUUAGAAUCAGAACUACAAAGCGUUUUCUUUGUUAAAACUCUCCUUCUGAACAACUUGAAGACUGUAGCAGUAUGUUGUUGGGAGUCCCUAGUCACAUGCUGUGUUUGGAAAGUCAAAAGAGGCGAUGCGGUGCAUGUGGAGUAGAGGCUGCAGAAGGUAUUCCAUAUUACGCUUUUGUAGGUUUUGUUAGAUUUCAUUAGAUUUUGGUUCUUGUGUUUGGAGUGUGAAUGGUAUCACAUGUGGUGGACAAUUUAAACUGUUUAAAUGUAAAAAUCUAAUUAUUGUAUAUUACCAAUGAAUUGUAUGGAAUUCCUGAGCAAAGAGAGACCAGUUCACAGGGUGCACAUCAGCAAAUUUUCACAAGGGCAGCAGCAGAUGGAGAGCCAUAAUUAAAGCUUAACCAAGUA